AUGACCUGUGGAGGCUGCUCCGGCGCCGUUGACCGGGUCCUCAAGAAGCUCGAUGGCGUUGAAAGCUACGAUGUAUCCCUUGAAAACCAGACCGCCAAAGUCGUCACGACCACCCUACCAUAUCAGACUGUCCUGGAGAAGAUUGCAAAGACCGGCAAGAAGGUGAACUCGGGCAAGGCUGACGGGUUGGACCAGCCUGUGACGAUAUAG